AGCAGUCGGUGUUUGAGGUGUUGAAGUGCUCCGAACCGUCGUAAACAGUUUUGUUGUUGUUGUUGGUGUACUUUUUUCACAGUUUGAUUGUAAAAGAGCUUGAGGAUGAACGCACCGCCAACUUUUGAGUCGUUUUUGCUGUACGAUGGAGAGAAAAAGAUUAUCAAGGAACAGGACACGAAGGUGCCUAAUGCGGCGAUCUUCACGGUUAAUAAAGAGGAUCAUACCCUAGGGAACAUGAUCAGGAAUCAAUUAUUGAAGGACCCACACGUGCUCUUUGCUGGCUACAAAGUCCCCCACCCCCUGGAGCACAAGUUCGUCAUCAGGAUCCAGACAACCUCAGAUUACACUCCACACGAGGCAUUCAUGCACGCGAUCACCGAUCUGAUAGCAGAACUGUCUCUCUUCGAGGAGAGAUUCAAGGACGCGAUAAAGGAGAAGAAGGAAGGCCUUGAUUAAUCCGGAACCCCAUGUAUAUACCUGAAUAACUAAAAUCUAAGAAACUCAUUUAAACUUGUGAAUAAACCAUAUUUUAUUGAUAAAAUUCUACAAAACGUUUUCAUCUCUCAAAUUGUGCAAAAUUCGAAAAUUCUCCAACGAAUCUCAGCGUGCAAGGAACAUGAUAACAGAUUCUUAUGUACACGUAAGUCAUAAUAAAUAUUAAAUAGAUCGAUCUUA